AUGAAUUCUGCUCAAGAAGGUUUCCACUUUCCAGUCGCAUCACGUUGGCAACUAGAGCGGCAGCCAACAACAAUACCAUAUCCUGCAGCAAGAGCCAAGAGAGAAGAGAACUUCUGUUACAAUCUUACAGAGGUUGGAGCAGUUGUUGCGUACUUCGGCAGCGGCAGUAGCACAUCGGCACAAAGGUAUAUUUGCGUCCUUUUCAAUAGUGCAGGGGGCUUUUUGAUUUUUCAGUUUGGGUUUAAGGAAAUCAAUCCAGCUUUGAGAAACCUUAGUUAUGACAUUGCAGAUCUCUACAACUUUAUUGAUGGCCUAGCAGACUUGAGCGCAUUAGUGUACUUUCUCCUUCUCUUGUCUCCUUUUCUCUUCCCCCAUUAG